GGCGCGGCGCGGCACAGCCCCGGCGGCAGCGGCGGCAGCAUGCGGGCGGCGGCCGCGGACGCGGUGGGCAUCCUCAUCCUCUGCCUGGCUUCUGCGGCGGCCGCGCUGGACUUCAGGUACCACCACACCGAGGAGCUGGAGGAGUUCCUGAGGGGGGUGCACGCCGCGCACCCCUCCUUCACCCACCUGCACAGCAUCGGCCGCUCGGUGCAAGGUAGAGACCUGUGGGUUCUUGUUCUGGGAAGGUUUCCAACCCAUCAUAAGAUUGGCAUUCCAGAGUUCAAGUAUGUUGCUAAUAUGCAUGGGGAUGAGACUGUUGGGAGAGAAAUCCUGCUCCAUUUGAUAGAUUUCCUGGUGACCAGCUAUGGACGUGACCCAGUUAUUACCCGGUUGCUCAAUAAUACCCGGAUUCAUAUCAUGCCAACCAUGAAUCCUGAUGGAUUUGAAGCUACAAAAGUGCCUGAUUGUUAUUACACACCAGGAAGGUACAACGGGAAUGGAGAAGAUCUGAACAGAAAUUUUCCUGAUGCCUUUGAGGACAACAGGGCCAACAUUCAGCCAGAGACUCAAGCAGUAAUGGACUGGAUCAAAAAUGAAACGUUUGUUCUCUCAGCAAACCUGCAUGGGGGUGCCCUGGUUGCCAGUUACACUUUUGAUAAUGGUAACCCAGUUACUGGCUCUUUGAAAGGCUAUAGCAGAUCUCCAGAUGAUGAUGUCUUUAUUCACCUGGCAAAAACCUAUUCUUCCAACCAUGCCAGCAUGUACAAAGGGACAGGCUGUGACAGCAGGCAAACCUUCCCAGAAGGCAUUACCAACGGGUACUCUUGGUACCAGCUGGAAGGUGGAAUGCAAGAUUACAACUAUGUCUGGGGACAGUGUUUUGAAAUUACACUGGAGCUGUCAUGCUGUAAAUAUCCUCCAGAAGACCAGCUGGGAAAGUUCUGGAGAGACAACAAAGUUGCUCUGAUCGAAUAUAUCAAACAAGUACACCUAGGUGUCAAAGGCCAAGUUACUGAUAAGAAUGGGAAUCCUAUUCCCAACGCCAUCGUGGAAGCCAAAGGAAGGCCACAUGUCUGCCCCUACAGAACAAAUCAACAUGGGGAGUACUUCCUUCUCCUUUUGCCUGGGACAUAUGUGAUCAAUGCUACUGUACCAGGAUAUAAAUCCAUGCUGAAGACAGUGGAAAUACCUGACAACACUGGAAACUUCAGUGCUGUGACACAGGAUUUCUCUUUCCCAGAGGUCUCAGAUAAGAUCAGCUCGAAAGUUACUUCAUGUCCCAAAACUCCCCUCUACCAAGAGCUCUCACGGGCUUCAGCUGCAGUAAAACCAACCGUACAUCUCUUGGUUUUAAUGACCGUUGUGCUUGCAAUUUUCAAAUAAAGUCAGGAAUGACAAAGGCAAAGGCAAAAUCUUCCUGCACAAAUGUGGCUUUUCAGAGAAGGAAUUGUAUAUGCAAAAGAAAGUAUGUUUUUAUAAACCAGAUUCUCAGAUUCACAAUCAUGUUUACUGUAUUUUGUAAAAUACUGGUUUGACAAUUGAAUGUUUUACUUUACUUAUAGUAGACAUAUUUUUAAUUGUAACAGACUAUCAUAUUUUUCUGUGUAAAUAUUUUACUCUGAAGAAAUUUCCUACACUCAAUGCUGAUAACUGUAGAAUUUUGAUGCAGAAAAUACAAAUACAUUUUGAAGAUUUUUCCCAAAUUCCAAAACACUGAGAAUUGUACGGCAAUGUUUCAUGCAAGCUCAGGUGCCACACGACUGUAACUCAUCAGCUCAAUACUAAUUUCUCAUAAUAAAGCCACUGCUAUAAAUGAAGAAUGGCAUUUCUAUAUAUGCUCUUUCUUACCUGGACAGAUGAGAUGGCUCAGGGUUCAAAUGAGGUAAAGGCCAAUGACACAGACGUGUUUAAGACAAGAAGAUGAAAAUGAAAUGUGAGUAUCUACCAAAGGGCCGUGAUGUGGAAGCUGGCUGAUAAUCCACACCAACAGGGAAAAGGGAGGAAUUUGUGGCUCUGAAAACCACGUUCUCCUAUGGCAGAGCUGCUGAAAGCAAUGUGGAAAGAGUCACUGACAGCUUUAUACUGUGUCCAUUUUUAACUGAAUUUGUUGUGGCACAGAACCACAUACAAUUCAGAAUUCUUUGAAUAGUUCCAGCAAUGGCUUUAUACUGUUUCAACAGCCUCACAGCCCUGCUGCUGCACUGUUGGGACUGCUUAACAGCCGUGCCAGGAGCUGGCAGGCACAUCAGCAAGGCACCAGCCAGCUCCAGUCACAGAGGGUGCUUUCACUGCCCCCCUGGCUAGGCUGUGCUGCAGGCAGGAUUAGCAGGUUCCUUUUGCCUGGCCAGUUGUGAGUCAUUUUCAGAGCCCUUUGAAGCUGCCCAAUUAACAGAAAAUUUUUCAAGAAAAGCCAGUUAGUACCAUCUCCUGUGUUUAUUUUAAAGCUUUAUCUGCCAGUAAUUUUCUUGAGCAAUUUCAAAAGUAAACCAGCAAAGAUUAUCUUUGGAAACAUCAAUCUUUUCCUGUAUACAGUAAAUAAAAAAUGCAGGAAUUCAGUUAAUCCUUUAAUGCCUUUUAAAAUCUCUCCUGAGGCAUUGCUGCCUGUCACACCAAGCCCUUCCAGCUGGGCUGUGGCACUUGGGCAUCAGCCACUUGUCUGCCAGACAGCCCCAUGCAGUGUGCAA